UUACGCAACAGCAGCAGACCCUGAGCAUAAAUGUGCUGAAACACCCAAACUCCUGCACUUCAGUCAAUCCCAGCAGAAAGUGUUCAGGAGUCUCUUCAUCCUCUCAAAAUGUCCGGGAAAGUUGUGCUGCAUUACUUCAAUGGCAGAGGGAAAAUGGAGUCGAUCCGGUGGCUUUUGGCUGUUGCUGGAGUCCAGUUCGAGGAGGUGUUUCUCACGGAAAAGGAGCAGUUUGACAAACUCCUGAACGAUGGAGACCUGAUGUUCCAGCAGGUUCCCCUGGUGGAGAUUGACGGGAUGAAACUCGUACAGUCGAAGGCCAUCCUGAAUUACAUCGCAGGAAAAUACAACCUCUAUGGAAAAGACCUUAAAGAGCGAGCCAUGAUCGACAUUUACACAGAGGGUCUGAUAGAUCUGAUGGAAAUGAUCAUGGUGUCUCCGUUCACACCUGCCGAAAACAAAGAGAAAACCUUCAGUAAUAUCGAGGAAAAGGCCAAAGUGCGCUUCCUUCCAGUGUUCGAGAAGGCUCUUGCAAACUCUAAUUUCCUCGUGGGAAAGCAGCUGAGCCGUGCUGAUGUUCAUCUUCUGGAAGCUACGCUGAUGCUGCAGGAGCUGUUUCCCUCAAUACUGGCCGCAUUUCCCAAAAUUCAGGCGUUUCAGGAACAAAUGAAGGCUUUACCAGCGAUCAGCAAGUUCCUCCAGCCGGGCAGCGCUAGAAAAUCUCCACCGGAUGAGGAGUAUGUGAGAACGGUGAAGGCCGUGUUGAUCCACCUCUUCAAGUAGAAAAGCAAUCGAAUUUACUACUGGUACAAGAACAAAACAGAGGCAGUAAAAUGAAGACAUUUAUUAGGAAUGUACAAGAUGGCACUGGAAAUAGCAACGGGUGUGAGUCUGUCCAUCAGCUCUAGAAGAUCAGGAUCCGGAUGACCAUCAGGAGACUGAAAGAGGAGAAACAUCGAGGAGUCUGCUGGAAAUACUGAUCUUCACUACAGUGAUGUGAUGCAUUCAGAUCAAUAAAUAUAUGGAUUUAAUAUGA